CUUACAGGUCCAUCCAUCCAUUUUGUAUCCACCUCCUUACCCAGGCUGGCUGUCUGUCUGUGUGUGUGUGUGUGUGUUGUGUGUGCGGAUGGACAAGGUCAGUGGACAGGUCAGUCAGUCAGUCCAUGAGUGUCUUUCUGACUCUAAUGCGUGUUUGAGUGUUUCAGUUCAUGUCUAAACGCCUGACUCUCUCACCCCGCCCUAUGUCAUGUCUACGCAUAUCGACACACUGCCUAACCUAACCCAACCUAUCCUCAUCUAAUUCAGCCUUCCCUUCCCCCUCCCACCGCUGAUCGAUCGAUCAGUUGGUGGCCACCAUAUGUCUCUUGGGAGCUCUGUAGUCGACAAAGAUGCCUCGUAUCGGGUCAUAUGUGCCUGCAGGCACUCACCACAACACAGCACAGCACAGCACACCGCAGUUAACACAUCGGUCUGUAUGUCUGUCUGUCUGUGUCUAUCAGUCAGUCAGAUCGGCUACAACACUACAAAGAGAAAACGAGCUACGUGGGUGUGGCGGGGCAUUCGCGCCAUUCUACGUUGGUUGGACGAAUGAGUGCCUACGCACCGGUUUGGAAGGCUGGCGAGACAUUGGAAGAGGAGCGGCCGAAGUAGAAGGCCCUGCCCUUGGGCAUCCCCUGGUGGACCACACUCACGAAGCGCUCCUUUCUCAGCACUCGGGUGUCCACCACAGCGGCAGGGAUGUGCAGAUCAGACGCCAAUGGCGGACCAUCUGAGCCAAAGAAGGGCGGGCACAUAUACGUGCAGAUGUUGUGCCAGGCUCUCCUCUGUGUGUCUGUGCUAAGGCUACUUGAGAUGAUGUUGUAGAGUGGCUUCUUCUCCCAGAAGGUCUUGCCGAGACACACAUCCGGCGCCGCUCUCUGCCUCUUCGGGUGGCAGAAGAACCGCUGGCUCUCACUCGUGAAGUGCUCCUUGGCAGUCACGCCUUUACGCAUGACCUCUGGGGCCAGCUCCACCUGGCUCCUGCCCUUGCUGGCGUUCGCCUCCCUCUGCUCACGGGCCUCACUCGACAGCCGCUCCCUCGCCCCUUCCUCGAGGGACGCGUACGCCAGCUGCUGCUCGGUCACCACGCCUGCAAGCGACCUGCCGGCCUUCUGGGUCAGGCAGGGACCUGCAGACGUGUGUACAUGUGAGACACAGAUAAGUGUUGGGGCCGGGCCAUCUGAUGCACUCACUGCGUGAAUGGAGACACAUGUAAGUACCUAUCAGCGGUGCAUAGUUCUUGUACGGGGGAGGGGAGUAGUCAGCCUUGUAAGUCUCCCCAGGCUCCCGCAGGUCACGGUAGGCGCUCUUGCUCUCACCCGCGGCCCGUUCGGACGGCGACGGCUCCCACUGCUCACAGCCGAUGUCGAACUGCUGCCUUUUGAAGGCGUUGGCGAGGUCGGAGGACCUUUUGCCGGUGGGCUUGUCUUUGCUGUCUUUGCCGAUGCCGUUGAAGACGCCCACGUAGUCCCUUGCAAGGUGAAUGGGCGUCUGCUCUGCCAUGAUGAUGCCUGGGGGCGUAGUGCGG